GAUUUUAUUUUAGCUCCACAAAAGAUGGCGGACCGUACGCCUGGUGGCUCUCAGAAAGCUAGCGCUAAGGCGCUGCUUGAGAGCAAACUGAAGUCUUUCAGCAUUGGAAAAAUGGCAGUGGCAAAAAGGACCCUAAGCAAGAAAGAACAAGAUGAAAUAAAGAAAAAAGAGGAUGAGCGGGCAGCAGCUGAGAUUUAUGAGGAGUUUCUUGCUGCUUUUGAGGGAGGUGGCGAGGGCAAGGUCAAGGCUUUUGUCCGUGGUGGUAUUGCAAAUGCAACAAAAGAGGAAGCAGCUGCUGAUGAGAAGAAAGGAAAGUUGUAUAAGCCCAAGUCACGUUUUGAGGGACAAACAAAAAGUUUUUUGCCUUUGGACACCCCACCUCAGUUUUUAGCUAUAGACAAAAGACAUACUGUAAAGAAAAGUAAUGAAAAGGAAAAGAAGAAGAGCAACUUGGAGCUGUUCAAAGAAGAACUUAAACAAAUACAGGAGGAAAGGGAUGAGCGACACAAAAUGAAAGGACGUGUUAGUCGUUUCGAACCUCUCUCAGGCAUUGAUGGAAGACGCUCAUCGGAUGGUUCUUCAAGGAGAAACCGUCCGUCCAGUGUUUUAGAUGAUUGUGCACCAGGUUCCCAUGAUGUUGGAGACCCAUCCACUACAAACUUGUAUCUCGGAAACAUCAAUCCACAGAUGAAUGAGGAGAUGCUGUGUCAAGAGUUUGGCCGCUAUGGCCCCCUGGCCAGUGUGAAGAUCAUGUGGCCGAGGACAGACGAGGAGAGGGCUCGGGAGAGGAACUGUGGCUUUGUGGCUUUCAUGAACAGGAGGGAUGCUGAGAGAGCACUCAAAAAUUUAAAUGGAAAGAUGAUAAUGAACUUUGAGAUGAAAUUAGGAUGGGGCAAAGGUGUGCCCAUUCCACCCCAUCCCAUCUACAUCCCUCCUUCCAUGAUGGAGCACACACUCCCACCGCCUCCCUCUGGCCUUCCUUUCAACGGACAGCCCCGGGAGAGGCUAAAGAACCCCAAUGCUCCCCUGCUUCCUCCACCUAAAAACAAGGAGGAGUUUGAGAAGACUCUGUCGCAAGCCAUAGUCAAAGUGGUUAUCCCAACAGAAAGGAAUUUGCUCUCUCUCAUCCACCGAAUGAUCGAGUUUGUGGUGCGUGAAGGCCCAAUGUUUGAAGCCAUGAUCAUGAACAGAGAAAUCAAUAAUCCCAUGUACAGGUUUCUGUUUGAGAACCAGAGUCCAGCACAUGUAUACUACCGGUGGAAGCUGUACUCCAUACUACAGGGUGAAUCACCAGCCAAAUGGCGAACAGAGGACUUUAGAAUGUUUAAGAAUGGCUCUUUGUGGCGUCCGCCUCCUCUUAAUCCAUACCUCCACGGCCCUUAUGAUGAUGGUGAAGAAGAGGAGGAAGAGGAGGAAUCUAGCAAGAAAGGCUGCUUGAAAGAAGAAGAGCGAGACAAACUAGAAGAGAUGCUGCGUGGAAUGACUCCAAGGAGGGGAGACAUAGCAGAAGCCAUGUUGUUUUGUCUCAGUCACGCGGAAGCUGCUGAGGAGAUAGUGGAGUGCAUCACAGAGUCCCUUUCCAUCCUCAAGACCCCUCUUCCGAAAAAGAUUGCACGGUUAUAUCUCGUUUCUGAUGUGCUGUACAACUCUUCUGCCAAAGUAGCCAACGCGUCUUAUUACAGAAAAUAUUUUGAGACAAAGCUCUGCCAGAUUUUCGCUGACCUCAAUUCAACAUACAAAACGAUACAAGGCCACCUUCAGUCUGAAAACUUUAAGCAACGUGUGAUGUCGUGUUUCCGUGCAUGGGAGGACUGGGCUGUGUAUCCAGACCCCUUCCUUAUCAAGCUGCAGAACAUCUUCCUGGGUCUAGUUAAUCUUUCAGUUGAAAAGGAGCCUGUUAUCGUCCCAGUGGAGGUAAAUGAUCCUGAGCCAACAGAGGACAUCGACGGGGCUCCAAUAGUGGAAUAUGUCGAUGGAACUCCGCUGGAGGAUGUGGAUGGGGUACCGAUUGACGCAGGGCCUAUCGAUGGGGCCCCAAUUGAUGGAGCCCUUCUGGAUGACCUAGAUGGUGUUCCUAUCAAGCAAAUGGAGGAGGAUAUAGAUGGAAUACCUUUUGAUCAAUCCAAGGAGGCAACCUUCAAGGUAGCACCGUCAAAAUGGGAAGCAGUGGAUGAGGCCGAGUUAGAGUCUCAAGCUGUGACAACUUCAAAAUGGGAGAUAUUUGAGCAGCCAGAAGAAACUAAAAAGGAUGAAGACGACAGUGAUGACGAUGACAAGAGCCCCCGCUCAGUAGAUACUCCGAGUUAUUCUAACCCCAUCAGAGAUGACCCAGAUAUUAAGACCAAGUUGUCUGAAAUGAACGAGGAAAAACGCACCAAGCUGAGAGAGAUAGAGGUUAAAGUUAUGAAGUUCCAGGACGAGCUGGAGUCAGGGAAAAGGCCCAAGAAGCCCGGCCAGAGUAUUCAGGAGCAGGUGGAGCACUACAGGGACAAACUACUACAAAAGGAAAAAGAAAAGGAGAAACUUGAACGGGAGAAAGAGAGGGAGAAGAAAGACAAGGAGAAAGCUGAAGCACGGAUGAAAGAUCUGAAGAAGGAAAAAGAGAAGGAGGACACACCAACUAGAAAAGAAAGAUAUUUGUCCCCUCCGGUUGAUAGGAAGCGGCGUCACAGUGGGUCGCCCAGCCCAACGCGGAGCAGCAACAGAAGAGGCCGGUCGUCUUCACCUCGUUCAGAGCGGUCAGAACGAUCAGAGCGCUCCGACCGCUCGUACUCGAAAGACACAACCUCCCGCUCCACUCAUAAAGACUCCCCUCGAUCCAGCAACAAAAAGUCAUCCAAGAGAUCUCCCUCAUCACCUCGCACACCCAAACGAUCCAGGAGGUCACGCUCCAGGACACCCAAGAAAUCAGCCAAGAAGUCCCGCUCCAAAUCAAGGUCCCCUCACCGGUCUCACAAAAAAUCAAAGAAGAGCAAACACUGACACUUCUUUUCCCUCAACCUCCAAACCCCCACCCCAUCCUUACCUUCUCUGCGCCGUAUUGUAUAAAAGAUUUGAAUGAUUUGGCAGCUGAAGAUCUCUGCCCAUAUGUUAAUGUAUAGACAAUGAAGAGUGGAGGGUGCUGCAUGGGUUUCCAUCUGGUAUAUCAAAUGGAUGGAGCCAUUGCUGUUUUAUAUUGUAAAAAAAAUAAUGUGCUUGUGUGUCCUGAUUCCCCACCACUUCCCAAAUGGAAUUCAUCCAUGUGGUAGACCACACCCGUACAGAGUGUGAUGACAAUAGUCUUAUAUUCAUGCUGUCAUUUUCUGUUUUUGUAGUUCACAUAAAAACAAAAAUUCGUAAUAAAAA